UUCACACUUCAUCCUCAGCGAACGUUUCCGUAUUGUCACCAUUUCCGCUCCGACCGAGGAGAGAGCAUGGGGGACCCCGAGACCGAGCCCCCCCGAGCCGCCCUCCGAGCCCUCAUCCCCGGGAGGGACUUCAUCGCAUCCCGCAAGGGGCAACUCCUGCUGGCCGAGUGGGUGGUGUCUUUUCUGACGUUCAUCUGUUACAUCGUAUCGACCGCUGUCAGUCUGAUGACCGUCCCUCUCAUAGAGUUCCUUUGGGCUCUUUUUACAUUUUUUGCAUAUUCUACUAAACUGAACGAGCAGCUGAAGGGAAUCUUGUGGCCUCUGCUGGACUUCAUUCGCUGUGUAUCGGCCGCCAUCAUCUACUUCGUGGUGUCUCUUGUAGCCGUGUCCAAAUACUCCUGUGCGGCAUCCAAAGCUGCUGCGGUUUUAGGUUUUAUAGCAACAAUUGUUUUUGCAAUAGACUUCUACAUUAUCUUCAAUGACCUCAUCAAGUUCCUGAAGAAAGGAGGAUCUGAGGAGGAGGAACCACAACGGCAGAAAUCAGAUGGUGAGUGUUAUUGA